UCUCCUCCGUGUCUUCUCCCUUCUGCGUGUCUCCGCCCAGUCUCCUCCCCCAAAUGAUCCCACUGCUGAUUGUGGCGUAGAGUGCUCGUGCACAGGAGCAGCGGGAAAAAUCAGAGGCGCCGCGGUCGCAAAGUGUCCGGCAGACAGUGAGGGUUUUGCUGGGUGCUGCGAUCCCGAGAGAGACCUGAGAAGAUCAGGACAAUUGAGCAAGAUAUCCACUAAGAAUAUUAGAAGACAUUAUGGAAAGGGAUAUUGUUCUCUGAUCAAGCCAACUAAAGACGUCAUUUCUUCCUACGCCUCUGGAGGAUUCACAAAAGCUGCUCUCUGUUUCUGAAUAGGAGAAACUUUGAACAAAUAUAUUUUUUUUAUCAUCUAAUACAUGAUGAGUCUCACAGGAGAGAAACUACAUGUGUGCUCUGAGUGUGACAAAAGCUUUACAUAUAAAGCAUGGCUUAAUCACCAGAGGAAUCAUACAAGUGAGAAGCCAUUCACAUGCUCUGAAUGCAGCAGAUGUUUUCCCAUUAAGUCUCUCCUUGUUCUACAUCAGAGGAGUCACACUGGAGAGAAGCCAUAUAUGUGCUCGGAGUGUGACAAAAGCUUUACACAUAAAUCAUUCACAUGCUCUGAAUGCAGCAGAUGUUUUCCCAUUAAGUCUCUCCUUGUUCUACAUCAGAGGAGUCACACUGGAGAGAAGCCAUAUAUGUGCUCGGAGUGUGACAAAAGCUUUACACAUAAAUCAUAUCUUCUCAGACAUUAUAGUAUUCACACAGGAGAUAAACCAUUUACAUGUUCUGAGUGUAGCAAGUCUUUUACCCGAAAAUCAACUCUUAACAUUCAUCAGAGGAGUCACACAGGCGAGAAACCAUUUAGAUGUUCUGAAUGUAGCAAGUGUUUUACCUCCAAGCCAUAUCUUAUUUUACAUCAGAGGCAUCACACAGGAGCGAAACCAUUUAAAUGCUCUGAAUGUAGCGACUGUUUUUCCCUUAAGACUCAUCUUCUUAGACAUCAGAUGACUCACACAGGAGAGAAACCAUUUGAAUGCUCUGAAUGUAGCAAAUGUUUUACCAAUAAAUCACAUCUUGUUAGUCAUCAGAUGACUCACACAGGAGAGAAACCAUUUAAAUGCUCUGAAUGCAGCAAGUGUUUUUCCCGUCAGUAUCGUCUCAAUAAACAUCACAGGAUUCACACAGGAGAGAAACCAUUUAAAUGUUCUGAAUGUAGCAAAUGUUUUUCCCAUAAGGCUCCUCUUAUUAGACACGAGAGGAUUCACACAGGAGAGGAUGCAUUUGAAUGCUCUGAAUGUAGCAAAUGUUUUACCAAUAAAUCACAUCUUGUUAGUCAUCAGCUGACUCACACAGAAAAGAAACCAUUUAAAUGCUCAAAAUGUAGCAAAUGUUUUUCCCGUCAGUGUCAUCUCAAUAGACAUCACAGGAUUCAUACAGGAGAGAAACCAUUUAAAUGCUCUGAAUGUAGCAAAUGUUUUACCAAUAAAUCACAUCUUGUUAGUCAUCAGAUGACUCACACAGGAGAGAAACCAUUUAAAUGCUCUGAAUGCAGCAAGUGUUUUUCCCGUCGGUCUCAUCUCAAUAAACAUCACAGGAUUCACACAAGAGAGAAACCAUUUAAAUGUUCUGAAUGUAGCAAAUGUUUUACCAAUAAAUCACAUCUUGUUAGUCAUCAGAUGACUCACACAGGAGAGAAACCAUUUAAAUGCUCAAUGUAGCAAAUGUUUUACCAAUAAAUCACAUCUUGUUAGACAUCAGAUGACUCUCACAGGAGAGAACAUUUAAAUGCUCAAAAUGUAGCAAAUGUUUUUCCCGUGAGCCUCAUCUCUUUAGACAUAAGAGGAGUCACAGGAGAAGAAAAAUUUAGAUUUUCUGAAUGUAGCAAGUGUUUUAAUAGAAAGAUGAUACUUAUCACACAAGGAGUCUUUCUUAAAUACUGAAUAUUUUAGGUUUCAGAAGUUAGUUAACUUGUAUCAUGACAAUAUGUAUUCCAGGGAAAUAAUAUAGCAAUAUUUAUUUUCUGAAUGUGGCAAGUGUUUUUAUAUAAAUCCGUUUUGAUAAAGGGUCUAAUUCAGACCUGAUCACAGCAACAAAUGUGUUCUUUAAUGGGCAAAACCAUGUGCAGUGCAGGUGGGGCAGAUAUAAUGUGCAGCGAGAGUUAGAUUUGGGUGGAUUAUUUUGUUUCUGUGCAGGGUAAAUACUGGCUGCUUUAUUUUCUCUAAUGUCCUAGGGCAGUGGUUCUCAAACUCUGUCCUCAGAACCCCACCGAGUGCAUGUUUUGCAGGUAACCCAGCAGGUGCACAGGUGUAGUAAUUAAUCACUGACACAUUUUAAUAGGUCCACAGGUGGAGCUAAUUAUUUCACUUGUGAUUCUGUGAGUAGACCUGCAAAACAUGCACCGUGUGGUGUCCUGAGUACCGAGUUUAAGAACCUGUGUCCUAGGGGAUACUGGGAUGGAUUAGUGCCAUGGGGUAAAGAUCGGGUCCAUUGGAGCCUGGCACAUUAAGAUAUCAAUAGUGCUUGCUCCUCCCCCUAUGCCAGACUCCGUUUAGAAAUAUGUGCCCAAGGAGCUGGGUGCAUUCCUUUUUUUUUUU